AUGAAACUCCUUGUGCUGGCUGCUCUGCUGGCAGUGGGAGCUGCCAACAGCAGCAUCAGCCCGCGAGCCUUGUGGCAGUUCCGCAACAUGAUCAAGUGUGCGAUCCCCGGAAGUAACCCCUUGUUGGAGUACAACAACUACGGCUGCUACUGUGGCUUUGGUGGCUCAGGCACCCCUGUGGAUGAAUUGGACACGUGCUGCCAGACACACGACAACUGCUACAGCCAGGCCAUGAAUCUGGACAGCUGUAAAUCCCUCCUGGAUAACCCCUACACGAAGAGCUACUCGUACACGUGCUCCGGCUCUGAGAUCACCUGUAGCAGCACAAACAAAGAGUGUCCGGCCUUCAUCUGCAACUGCGACCGCAGUGCUGCCAUCUGCUUUUCAAAGGCUCCCUACAACAAGGAGAACAAGAACCUGGACACCAAGAAGUAUUGUCAGGACUGAGACUCACCCUUGAAAAGCAUCAUCCGUUACGCGCCUCCUUGCCUUCGCCUGACAUGCUGCCCUCCAAUAAAGCACCUUGUUGAAAGACCUCACGUUGGAGACUGUUUUAUUCUCUGUCUGCUUUACAUAACUAAG